ACAAUUGGUUUGGUGCCUUGGUCGUUGAAUAAUUAAUGGACACAAUAAAAUAAAAAGAGGAUAAUAUCUGUGUGUCCUUGAAUUGCAACGUUUACACACAUAGUGGAUAAUUACAUUUUUGUCCGUUGACUUGGUCCAUAUUAUGUAAGCAACUUUUUCUACUUCACUAUUACCACUUUCAAACUCUACAAAUUUUUCAAUCUUUCCGAUCUGCUUGUUUGCCUUGUGUUCUGUUUUUGAACUUGAAGGAUGGCUGAACGAAUUUUAUACGGUGUUGCUGAAAGCAUCAUUAAAAGUUUGGCUUCUGCUGCUUUACGUGAAUUUGCACGGAUUAAUGGUGUUAUGGAUGAGUUCGAAAGACUUAAGAACACGGUUGAAUCUAUUAGAGCUGUGUUGCUUGAUGCUGAGGAGAAACAAGAGCAAAGUCAUGCCAUCCAAAACUGGGUAAGAAGGCUUAAAGAUGUGCUUAUUCCUGCAGAUGACUUGCUAGAUGAAUUUGUUAUUCAAGAUAUGAUACAAAAAAGGGAUGAACCUCAUCAAAACAAAGUAAAAAAGGUACUUAAUCCAUUCUCUCCAAACAAAUUUGCUUUCCGCCAUAACAUGGCUAAUGAGAUUGAGAAAAUACAAAAAAUGUUUGAUGAUGUGGUGAAAGAUAUGUCUGUGUUGAAUCUAAACUCCAAUGUUGUGGUUGUUGAGAAACCUAACAAUGAAUGGAGGGAAACCAGUUCUUAUGUGUUAGAAUCAAAUAUCAUUGGAAGAGAUGAUGACAAAGAGAAGAUUGUAAACUUGUUGAGACAAUCCCAUGGAGAUCAGAAUGUUUCUUUGGUGGCUAUUGUUGGGAUGGGUGGUUUGGGAAAGACAACUCUUGCUCAGUUGGUAUAUAGUGACGACCAAGUUCAAAAUUUGUUUGAUAAGAGUAUGUGGGUAUGUGUCUCUGAUAACUUUGAUGUCAAAACUAUUGUGAAGAACAUGUUGGAGUCACUAACCAAGAAAAAAAUUGAUGAUACAUUAUCAUUGGACACCUUGCAAAAUAUGCUUGGUGGAAAUUUAUCCGGUAAGAGAUACUUGUUAGUCCUAGAUGAUAUUUGGAACGAUAGUUUUGAAAAGUGGGAUAAAUUGUGGACUUGCUUGAUGUGUGGUGCUCAAGGAAGUAAGGUUAUAGUGACUACUCGUAGUAGAACUGUGGCUCAAACCAUGGGUGUAUGUGUCCCCUAUGCUUUGAAUGGGUUGAUUCUAGAAGACUCUUGGAGUUUAUUAAAGAAUAUUGCAUUUAGGGAUGAUACCACCGGAGUGAAUCAAACUCUCGAAUCAACCGGCAAGAAGAUAGCAGAAAAGUGCAGAGGCGUUCCAUUAGCAAUUAGAUCAUUGGGAGGCAUAUUAAAGAAUAAAAGAGAAGAAAAUGAAUGGGGUCAUGUCUUGCGAGGUGACUUUUGGAAAUUGUGCGAGGAAAAAGAUAGCAUCAUGCCGGUCCUAAAAUUGAGUUACCGAAACUUGUCACCUCAACAAAAACAGUGUUUUUCUUAUUGCUCUUUAUAUCCUAAGGAUUGGGAAUUUAAGAAGGGUGAGUUGAUUCAAAUGUGGAUGGCACAUGGUUAUCUUGAAUGUUCAGUCGAAGGGCAAUGCAUGGAAGAUGUUGGUAACCAAUUUGUUAAUAUUUUCUUGAUGAAAUCAUUCUUCCAAGAUGCAAAAUUGAAUGAAGAUGGUGAUAUAAACUGUUUUAAAAUGCACGAUUUAAUGCACGAUCUUGCAACACAAGUUGCUGGAAAUGAUUGUUGUUACUUGGACAAUAAAGCAAAAAAAAUUAUAGGAAGACCAGUGCAUGUAUCAGUGGAAUCAGAUGCAGUUUGUUUGUUGGAAUCAUUGGAUGCUAGUAGGCUGCGAACUUUGAUUAUGUUUACUUCCUAUGGUGGCCAAAAGAUAUGCCAUGAAGAUGAAUUGACAAUUAUUUCAACAUUUAAAUACUUACGUGUCUUGAAACUAAAGUAUUUAUAUUUGAGCAAGCUUUUUGGUUACAUUGGAAAAUUGAAGCAUUUAAGAUAUCUUCACUUGUUAGAGUGUGGGGGACUAGAAAGUGGUUCCAAAUCUAUAGGCAAUCUAUUUUGUUUACAAACAAUAAAAGUUUCAUUGGGAAUUGGUGCUGAAGUUGUACUUUCUACAAAAGUUAUCUCAAAAUUAAUCAAUUUGAGACAUCUUGAGAUUAAUACUCAGACCUUCAAAGAUGAGCAACCAGUUAGAUUUGGUAAAUUGAGUAUACAUCAUCACAAAGGUGUGACUUUUUCCAAAUGGAUUUCUCCACUCACAAAUAUUGUUGAAAUAUCUCUUAGUUAUUGCAAAGCUUUCCGAUACCUCCCACCGGUGGAACGUCUUCCUUUCCUUAAGUCACUUAAGUUACGCUGCAUUAAUUAUUUGGAGUACAUAUAUUACGAAGAGCCUAUUCUUCAUGAAUCAUUCUUCCCAUCUUUGGAGAGCCUACACAUUUAUAAAUGUGAUAAGCUGAGGGGAUGGAGAAGGAUGGGAGAUGAUUUAAAUGAUAUUAACUCUUCACAUCAUCUCUUGUUGCCUCAGUUUCCUUGUCUAUCUAAAUUGGCAGUUAGAGAGUGUCGGAUGCUGACUUGCAUGCCUACUUUUCCAAACAUUAAGAGCUUGUCAUUGAAUUACUGCAGUGUAGAGAUAUUGCAAGCAACACUAUGUAGUGCAGCUUCACAAUACUCAAUUGGUUGCACUCCUCUUUCCAUGCUCAAAUCCUUGCGCAUUAAUGAAACCAUUAUGGAUAUGAAAAACGUCCCACAAGAUUGGUUGAAAAAUUGUACUUCUCUUGAGAAUCUUGAGUUUGACGAUCUUUCAAGUCAAUAUUUUCAAGUAAUUGAAAUAUGGUUUAAAGAUGACCUCAUCCGUUUUUCUUCUCUCCAAAAAAUCACCUUUCAAUUUUGUAUGGAUCUAAAGGCAUUGCCAGAUUGGAUAUGCAACAUCUUAUCACUUCAGCACAUCAAGAUAGACAAUUGCACAGAUCUGGUAUUGCUGCCCAAAGGAAUGCAUCGUCUUACCAACUUACGCACCUUAGAAAUCAUUGUAUGUCCACUCUUAGGUGAAGCAUGCCGGACAGAAACAAGUGCAACUUGGCCUAAAAUUGCUCAAAUCCCAAACAUAAUCAUAAAAAGUGAUUGAGAUUAGAAAGGUGAAACUGGAAGGGGGAAAAGCUUUUCUUUUGACCAUAUUCCAGAAGAAUUAUAUUGAGCUAGCUAGCUUGCUCAAUAUAAGAAAUGGAAGCAUGGAGAAGAUGCGUGAAAAGGCUGUUGAUGUUUUUCUUAAUUAUCAUUGAUGAAUAUUUUCCUUGUCUUUAAUUGUAAUGUUAUUGUGCUUGAACAUAAGAGGCUGAUUGAUUGAUCUAUUCUACAACUUUUCCAUGAAUGAUCUACUUGUGUUGUGUUCUAAUUGGUGGAUAGUUGGAAUCGGAUCGGUAAUGUAUAAUAAAUUCGUAUUUUGGAUCCAAAUUUUCAAAGACAGUGGAUUUGGAAAAUUGUUCCUGGUGAA